GGCCCAGCAGGAGCACUCCCGAGCACCCGCCAAAACACCGCCUUGAAAGCGGCCGUUCAUAACGGCCUUUUUCCCAGCCCUGGCCCGCCAAUCAACAUCCAACAUUGCUUUUGAUGACCCUUCCAGAUCACUGUACGGCUUAGUCACUCAGUCAGGAAAAGGCAAGUAAAUUUCAUUGCUCCUGCCUGCCCGCCCGCCCUUCUAAAAACCUAUUUAAAGCAUUUGCCCCUCUCCCAUCGUCCACUCUGCUGCUCUUCUUUUUCUCCCCUUGCAACCUCUUUUAUCUGGGCACGCGUCAAUCUACCACUUUUCGCCGUCCAUCCUCCGAUCAUCGGCUUUUUCAUCAAAUCUUAUCAACUCGUUGAUCGUCGAAUUCUUAUUUAUUCUUUGACAAGAUGACUGGACGUGGAAAAGGCGGCAAAGGUCUCGGCAAAGGCGGCGCCAAGCGUCACCGUAAGAUCUUGCGAGACAACAUCCAGGGUAUCACCAAGCCCGCCAUCCGUCGUCUCGCUCGCCGUGGUGGUGUCAAGCGUAUCUCGGCCAUGAUCUACGAAGAGACCCGCGGUGUGCUCAAGUCCUUCCUCGAGUCUGUCAUCCGUGACGCCGUCACCUACACCGAGCACGCCAAGCGCAAGACUGUCACCUCCCUCGACGUGGUCUACGCCCUCAAGCGCCAGGGCCGUACCCUGUACGGUUUCGGUGGUUAAAUCGUCGUCGAUGGCUUGCUCUUUGUCUUUGUUCGGUUGGGCUCGUCGCUCUGACGGAUUGUCCGCGGGGCGGGGCCCUCUGGACCGGGCUUUAGCGCUAUGGUGUGAUGUUUCUUAUCGUUUUUCUUGUCUACUUGCUUAAUGGGGGUUUUUCUUACCAACUGGGAACGGGGUUCGGAAUGGUUCUUUUCAACGGAUGAACAACAGCACAUCUGCUAUGGAUUCUUAGGGAUUUUUUCGGAGGUCCUUUGAUGGAAAUCAUUGGUAUCGAUACAUUUGGUCUAGCUCUAGCUAGUUUCUAAAAAUUCAGAUGCUGCCAAAUA